CGCUGAGUCUCCUCCUCCCGCCCCUGAGAAGGAGGAGCUGCCGCCGCCCGCCGCGCCCGAGACCAGGAGGCCGUGCCAGCCCGCGGAGAGGCCGAGCGCGAGCGGCGGAGCAGCAGGCCCGAGCCGAGCGUGCCGGGGCCCGACGCCGCCCGGAGAAGAUGAAUUUACAACUGGUUUUCUGGAUUGGACUGAUCAGUUCAGUUUGCUACGUGUUUGGUCAAACAGAUAAAAAUAGAUGUUUGAAAGCAAAUGCCAAAUCAUGUGGAGAAUGUAUACAAGCUGGGCCGAAUUGUGGGUGGUGUACAAAUUCAACAUUUUUACAAGAAGGAAUGCCUACUUCUGCACGAUGUGAUGAUUUAGAAGCCUUAAAAAAGAAGGGUUGCCAUCCAGAUGACAUAGAAAACCCCAGAGGCUCCAAAAAUAUAAAGAAAAAUAAAAAUGUAACCAACCGGAGCAAAGGAACAGCAGAGAAGCUCCAGCCAGAAGACAUUACUCAAAUCCAGCCACAGCAGUUGGUUUUGCAAUUGCGAUCAGGAGAGCCACAGAUGUUUACAUUAAAAUUCAAAAGAGCUGAAGACUAUCCCAUUGAUCUCUACUACCUUAUGGACCUCUCUUACUCAAUGAAAGAUGAUUUGGAGAAUGUAAAAAGUCUUGGAACAGAUCUGAUGAAUGAAAUGAGGAGGAUUACUUCAGACUUCCGAAUUGGAUUUGGCUCAUUUGUGGAGAAAACUGUGAUGCCUUACAUUAGUACAACACCAGCAAAACUCAGGAACCCUUGCACAAGUGAACAGAACUGUACUAGCCCAUUUAGCUACAUAAAUGUACUCAGUCUUACUGAUAAAGGGGAAAUAUUUAACGAACUUGUGGGUAAGCAGCGUAUAUCUGGAAAUUUGGAUUCUCCAGAAGGUGGUUUUGAUGCAAUCAUGCAAGUUGCAGUUUGUGGAUCAUUGAUUGGCUGGAGGAAUGUUACACGACUACUGGUGUUUUCCACGGAUGCUGGAUUUCACUUUGCUGGAGAUGGGAAACUUGGUGGCAUUGUUUUACCAAAUGAUGGACAGUGUCACCUGGAAAAUGAUGUAUACACAAUGAGCCAUUAUUAUGAUUAUCCCUCUAUUGCUCACCUUGUCCAGAAACUCAGUGAAAAUAAUAUUCAGACGAUUUUUGCAGUGACUGAAGAAUUUCAGCCAGUUUACAAGGAACUGAAAAAUUUGAUCCCUAAGUCAGCAGUUGGCACAUUAUCUGCAAAUUCUAGCAAUGUGAUACAGUUGAUCAUUGAUGCUUACAAUUCCCUCUCCUCAGAAGUCAUUUUGGAAAACAGCAAGUUGCCAGAAGGAGUAACAAUAAAUUACAAAUCCUACUGCAAGAAUGGGGUGAAUGGAACUGGGGAAAAUGGGCGAAAAUGUUCCAAUAUAUCCAUUGGAGAUGAGGUUCAAUUUGAAAUUAGCAUAACUUCAAAUAAAUGUCCAAAUAAGAAAUCUGAAACCAUUAAAAUUAAGCCUCUGGGCUUCACUGAGGAAGUAGAGAUUAUUCUUCAGUUCAUCUGUGAAUGUGAAUGCCAAAGUGAAGGCAUUCCUGAAAGUCCAAAGUGUCAUGAAGGAAAUGGAACAUUUGAGUGUGGAGCUUGUAGGUGCAACGAGGGACGUGUUGGUAGACAUUGUGAAUGUAGUACAGAUGAAGUUAACAGUGAGGACAUGGAUGCUUACUGCAGGAAAGAAAACAGUUCAGAAAUCUGUAGUAACAAUGGCGAGUGCGUCUGUGGACAGUGUGUUUGUAGGAAGAGGGAUAAUACAAAUGAAAUUUAUUCUGGCAAAUUCUGCGAGUGUGAUAAUUUCAACUGUGAUAGAUCCAAUGGCUUAAUUUGUGGAGGAAAUGGUGUUUGCAGGUGUCGUGUGUGUGAAUGCUACCCCAACUACACUGGCAGUGCGUGUGACUGUUCUUUGGAUACUACACCAUGCAUGGCUGUAAAUGGACAGAUCUGCAAUGGCCGGGGCAUCUGUGAGUGUGGUGUCUGUAAGUGUACAGAUCCAAAGUUUCAAGGGCAAACUUGUGAGACGUGUCAGACCUGCCUUGGCGUCUGUGCUGAGCAUAAAGAAUGCGUUCAGUGCAGAGCAUUCAAUAAAGGAGAAAAGAAAGACAGAUGCGCACAAGAAUGUUCACAUUUCAACCUGACCAAGGUGGAAAGUCGGGACAAAUUACCUCAACCAAUACAGGUUGACCCCUUGUCCCAUUGUAAGGAGAAGGAUGUUGACGACUGCUGGUUCUACUUCACGUAUUCAGUGAAUGGGAACAACGAAGCCAUUGUUCAUGUUGUAGAGACUCCAGACUGUCCCACUGGUCCAGACAUCAUUCCAAUUGUAGCUGGUGUAGUUGCUGGAAUUGUUCUUAUUGGCCUUGCAUUACUGCUGAUUUGGAAGCUUUUAAUGAUAAUUCAUGACAGAAGGGAAUUUGCUAAAUUCGAAAAGGAGAAAAUGAAUGCUAAGUGGGACACGCAAGAAAAUCCGAUUUACAAGAGUCCUAUUAAUAAUUUCAAGAAUCCAAACUAUGGACGUAAAGCUGGUCUUUAAGUUGCCGGUGAAAAUCCUAUUUAUAAGAGUGCUGUGACAACUGUGGUCAAUCCAAAAUACGAGGGAAAAUGAGUACUACCUGUGCAAAUUUCACAACACUGAAUGCAAAGUAGCAAUUUUCAUAGUCACAGUAAGGUAGCUUUAGGGCACUAUUGCCAUGGUUUUAUUCAUGUGCAGGUUUUGAAAAUGUACAAUAUGUAUAAUUUUAAAGUUUUUUAUUAUUUUGAAGAUAAUGUUAUAAUCCAUGCCAGGGACUGACAAAAGACUUGAGACAGGAUCAGUAUCCUCGUCAUCUAAGGUCACAUUGUGCCUUUUUUGACCUUUUCUUCCUGGACUAUUGAAAUCAAGCUCUUAUUGGAUUAAGUGAUAUUUCUGGGGUGACUGAAAGGGCAGAAAGUAAUGAGCCUGAUUAGAAUUUUUGUUAAUCAUGUAUUAAAACUGAUAUUUAGCUUUACAGAUAUGUCAGUUUUCAGUUAUACAGAAUCCAAAGUAAAUGUCCUGCUAGCUAGUUUAGGAUUGUUUUUAAAUAUUAUUUUGCUAUUUGCCUAUUAGACAUGACUGAUGACAUAUCUGAAAGAUAAGUAUGUUGAGAGUUAUUGAUGUGAAACAGUUUUGAAUAGUUGAUCUUCAAAGGCCAUGGGAAAAAUUCAGAGUUAGGAAGGAAAAACAAAUAGCUUUAAAACCUGUGUGCCAUUUUAAGACUUAAUCCUGGUAACUUUUAUGCCUUUAUAAAUUCAAGCCUUCUAUAAAAGUACUGGGAAAUUUUCUGCUGAAGAGGCCUUGAUUAAGCACUAUUUACAUAAAGGCCAUGAUCUACAUAGUAUAUGCUGAAUGGGGACCUUUUGGAUUGAGUUUAUUUUAUUUUUUUUUAUUUUGUUUAAUUCCUGGUGCUUUUUAUCACCUUUUCUAAUCUUUUAGUGUAUUUGUUUGCAAUUUUGGGGUAAGACUUUUUUUUUUUUUUUUUAAUCAACAUCUUAUCUUUGAAGUUUUAGCUGUAAAUUUGCCUUUUUCAUGGUCAUGUGAAGUUUACUGUGGCUUAUGCAACAGCAGUCACUUUAGGCAAUCUUACUUUCAGUUGGUGUCCUAACAGACCACUGUGUAUUUACUUCUCACUGCUUGAGUUGCUCUUCUUGUUUCAUACUAGUCACAUUCUUGUUUUAAGUGCCUUUUAAUUUUAACAGUUCACUUUUUACAAUGCUGUUUACUGAAGUUAUUUAUUAAAUAAAAAUGCCUAAAAUACUUAAAUUGUAUGUUUUGGUGCUAUAUUGAUCUACUUUGUCAGUUUGUGUGCACAAAAUUUUUCUCAAUUA